AUGCUUGCCGCAGCCUUCGCGACCUCCGCGGCCUCGAGCGUUGCCUCUCAGUGGCCCGUGUCGCGCCGCGGCGUGCUUUUCGCCGCUGUCGCCGCGCCUCUCGCGCCGCUGCGCAGCUCUGCCGCCGUCGACUGCCUUCAGGACUGCCAGUCGAACUGCUUCCGCGUGGCGCCGAAGAGCGGCCGCUACUGUCUCGACUCGUGCGCCGAAUACUGCGACCAGCCCGACCGGAGAGACGGUCUCUCUGGAAGCAUCUCGAACGACGCCGCCGAGGCGCCGCUGCCCUCCGAUGCCUCGCCCCAUCUUCCGCCCUCCCCGCGUCACAUCGUGCCCUUUCAAAAGAACCAAAAAGAGGGGUGCACGACGCCUCUACGCUGGGGCGCCGGCGCAUCGUGCCCUUCCCACCCGCUCAGGCCUCCCGCACUGCCGGAUGCGCUCAACCUGGCCCCAACCCUGCGCCGCGCGAUUGUCGGUGGCGGCACGCCCAACGGCGGGCCGGCGUCGGUCGAGGCGUUUGGCCCGGCGCGAGAAGGGUGGCGGCAGCGGCUCGGCGGCGAGGAAGGCGCGCAUCAUCGUGAAGGAGGCGGCCGGCCGGUAGAGUGGCGCGAGGUGGCCGGCGCCGCGGAUGGAGACGAAGGUGACCUGCCCGUCGUUCCACGCCAUCGAGAAGCCGCCGUGCACCUGUUUACAAACGGGCGGACGGUCCACCCGGCAGACGCGACAGGUCCGCGCCGCUCCGCCGUGCGCGCCUUGCGGCCGCUCGGCUCGAGGCCAAACGGGCGCCACGGCUGCGUGCGCGGCAGGCGGAGUGGCGCCGAGGCCGAGGUGUUGAGCGGCCCGACCGGCGUCCACUGGUCGGCCUCGCCGGCGCUGCAGCUCGACGCGCAGCUGAGCCUCGUGGCGUGCGUCAAGAUCGGCAAGAAGCAUGAUAAGAAGGCCGUACCGGACGAUGCCAUUCUGCCGGGCCUCUGCGCACACCUUAGCACGAAGCGCAUGCUGCUCCUGCUCCAUCACUCGACCCUCCGCUCGGCACAUCCUCUCUUGACAACGCUCGCCUCCUCCACAGUCCAGCGCGUCCUGCAAUUCGCAGCGCUGCCGCUGGCCAAAGACAUGCACGCCACCGUGGAUUCCCUCUGGACUUUGGCCGCAGACGCGUUGCACCCGCAUGACGCGAGUCAGGCAGCCCCUGCGAAGGAGGGCAAUAGGCGACCCUUGUCGUUGGGUGUCCUGUGGUCAAUGUCAAUCCUGUCCGCGCUUCUUGCAGGGCUUGGCGGCGUCUUUCAGCGGUACAUCACAACGCGCGAGCGCUUCGAGAGCGGUUCGCCCUCGAGCGUCGCCAUCCUCGGCUGCGUCGCGACGCUUAACGCCGUGAUCCUGCUCCCGGCAGCGCUGCUGGAGAGCCGACCCUGCAGUGUGGGAGCAGGAGGCCGACCGCGGGCGCGGAUGCUGGCCUUUGUCGUCUACGGUCUGCUGCAGCUUGGCCGCAUGCUCUCGACCCUGCAAUCUGCGACAAUGACCCUCGCAUACAACGUUGAGAUGGUGGGGAUGCUGUCGCCCUUUUGUACCGCAGUCGCGGCGCGGCUGGUGCUCAAGGAAGAAUUUCCGCCGCUGCUCUUCCCAACCCUGCUCCUGACGCUUAGCGGGACUGGCCUGGUCGUGCUUGGGCAGGGUGCCCUCGCUAGUCACGGCGCCUUCACCUCGCUCGACCUCGCCGGGAUGGGCCUGCAGAGCGCUUCUGUGCUGAUGGCCACCGCAGUCAGGCUGAGCCACAGACUGAGCGAGGGGCUGCUCAGUAGCUCCGAGCUCAUGCUCGCGCAGUUCUCGGUGAGCGCGCUGCCGUCGAUGCUCUCUGUUGCUCUGCGGGACCGCAAGUCUCUCCAUGCCAUCCUUGCCCUUUCGCCGGGCGGUGUGGCCAGCUUCUUUGGCCUGGCCUGGGGUGUCUACCUAACUGCCAACUACCUGCAAAUCAUGGUCAACCGCACUCUCGGAACAAUUCGGCACUCGGCCGCCAGCGGUCUGCGCCUAGUCGCCACUUGUCUCGGCUCCGCCAUCCUUCUCCACGAGCUGCCAACGAGCGGGUGCGAGCUCGCUGGCCUCGCGUUGGUGGCACUCGGCGUGGCGCUCUUCUACUCUGCGCAGCUCUAUCUUGCCCACCCGGUCGCCCGGAGGCAUCUCAUCACGGCGUCCACAUACAGCGCUCGGCUGGAUGAGCUUGGCGAGGAGUCGACGACGCGCAAGCUGCAGGCGAUGCCCUCGCGAUGGGACUGCCGCGCUGCAUCUCGCGAUCCCUCGCUCCUGCUAGUUUGA